CAGUGGCUUAAGAGAGUAGAACCCGUGAUGGUCAUGAGAGCGGGUUAAGAAAACUAAUGUGUGUGUGAAAGAGAGAAAUAGAGAGAGGGAGAGGGAGAGAGAGAGAGAAAGGGAGGAACUGGACUGCGUUCACUGCUUCUUUCUUUGCCUAAGUGUGUGCCCGUAAUCAAAUUAUCCAAUUCAGGAGCCAUGCCUCGUGGGGACUUCACUGUUCAUUUUGCAAGCAGAGGACGGGGGAACUUCAUCAGAGCAGAGGAGGCUGCUGGCAUUGCUUUCCUGGCUAUCGUCCUUACGGCUCUGUUCAUUCUGGGCUGCUGGUACUACCGCAAACGCAAUGGGUAUAGAAUGAUCCAGAACUCCCGAGGCCCGAGUCUAUCCUGGAGGGAACUUGUGAGAUCGGGACAGUACGGUGAACUAGGGGCAGCUGGCAAUAACAAAAUGGCCCUUAAUGAAUUUAGCAACGCCCAAUCCGUGUUCCCCAAUGCCCCACCAGCCUAUGAGAAGAUCACCACUGGACCAUCCCCACCACCUUACUCACCCUAAAGAAGAAUAAUUCAAUCAGUCUUAUUUGUUUUAACCUUCUGUCGGAUUUUGUCGUUUGUAAACGGCACACGGAACGGAAGUAAGGAAAAAAACCAUCAAUAAAUGUCCAUUAAAGUUCUAACACAUCUA